CUCAAGUUCGAACCCAUGCUUGAAUGGAGGUGACCUUAGUGCUUACCUAAUUUUAUAGUCAGGCAUCUACGUCGCGCCAACACACGCAUUAUUGUACAAAAGUGGUCUUGGGAAGAAAAAAAAAAAAGAAACACAUAUUGAGCAUAGCGUGGAGACAUGGCGGAGGCUCAACAAGCACGCGUCCAUGCUGUGGUGGAGGACAUGGUCCAAAGCCUGGAGAGAGAUCACAUCCGGAAAAUGCAGGCUCGCAUGUUUAAGUGCAGCGCGGACUGCUGCGAUCGCUCGUCCGACUCCAUGUCUCAGGUGCAUCAGUGCAUCGACAGGUGUCACACUCCCCUGGCCAAGGCUCAGGGCCUCGUCACCUCCGAGCUGGAGAAGUUUCAGGAUCGUCUGACCAGGUGCACGAUGCACUGCAACGACAAAGCCAAGGAUCUCUUCGACUCGGGCGCCAAGGAGCCGGCUGUCCGAUCCCUGAUGGAGCGAUGCGUGGGAAGCUGCGUGGACGACCACAUGAACCUCAUCCCCAGCAUGACCCGAAGGAUCCAGGAGACACUGGACUCUAUUGAGCAGUGAGACACUAGUUUUCAAAACAAGAGCGCCGGUGCGGGCGUCAACUGAGCCAGUUGUGGAUUGACGUACCUGACACACCAGGAGUCACGCGUUAGAGAGCGCCAACGGUGGUAUCCACAGUCACGCCCGAGGACUCAGUUGGAAUCAUGCACCCAGUGUGGAGGCUUCUGUCGCAAAUGUUAAAAGUCCGCCAUCAUUGUUUUGUCAUUUUAUUGUUGGCCGUAUGUCCUGCCUCCCGUGGUGAGGUUUAUGUAAGAGAAAUAAACAUGUUAAUCUAAUA